UGUUUUAUACACAACAAUUCGACCUUUUCCUGUACAGCCUUCCAACAUGGCGGUAGGCAAAAAUAAAAGGCUUUCUAAAGGAGGCAAGAAGGGUAGUAAAAAGAAGAUCAUUGACCCCUUCACCAAGAAGGACUGGUAUGAUGUGAAAGCACCUGCCAUGUUUACAAUUCGCCAGAUUGGCAAGACCCUGGUUACAAGGACACAGGGAACAAAAAUUGCCUCUGAUGGCUUGAAAGGGCGUGUGUUUGAAGUAGCAUUGGCUGAUCUGCAGAAUGAUGAGGUGUCUUUCCGCAAGUUUAAGUUGAUGGCAGAAGAAGUCCAGGGCCGUAAUGUCCUCACUAAUUUCCAUGGAAUGAACCUCACAACUGACAAACUAAGGUCUAUGGUCAAGAAAUGGCAGACUCUUAUUGAAGCAACCGUUGAUGUCAAAACCACUGAUGGCUAUCUGCUAAGGAUGUUCUGUAUUGGCUUUACCAAGAAAAGACAAAACCAGAUCAAGAAGACAUGUUAUGCUCAGACCACACAGGUUCGCUCCAUCAGGAGGAAAAUGGUGGACAUAAUGACCAGGGAGGUGUCUUCAAAUGACCUCAAAGAAGUGGUCAACAAACUGAUCCCUGAUUCCGUUGGCAAGGACAUUGAAAAGGCCUGCCAGGGGAUCUUCCCCUUGCAUGAUGUGUACAUUCGCAAGGUGAAGGUGUUAAAGAAGCCCAAGUUUGAUUUGGGUAAAUUCAUGGAAUUGCACGGAGAAGGCUCUGGUACAAAAGUCGUCACUACUGAAACUGGAGAAAAGAUUGAGAGGCCAGAUGGAUAUGAACCACCAGUUUUACAGUCUGUUUAGGCUGUUUAAUUAUCUCAACAAGAACAUUAAUGAUACAAACAUGAGAAUGAAGAGACUUCCUGUUUCCCGAAUUCUAUGAAUGAUGUAAAAGAGUAUCUUAAUACAUCAGGAAUAAAAAAAAAUUGAAUAGAGGAUA